CACCUAUUCCAGAGAGAAUCAGAACAAUGUCCUACGUUUUUGUGAACGACUCUUCCCAGACAAAUGUGCCACUGCUGCAGGCUUGCAUUGAUGGAGAUUUUAACUAUUCCAAACGACUGUUAGAGAGUGGUUUUGAUCCAAAUAUUCGUGACAGCCGAGGCCGAACUGGUCUUCACCUUGCUGCGGCCAGAGGAAAUGUAGACAUCUGUCAACUCUUGCACAAAUUUGGUGCUGACCUACUAGCCACUGAUUACCAAGGUAACACAGCCCUUCACCUGUGUGGGCAUGUGGAUACCAUCCAGUUCCUAGUUUCUAACGGACUUAAAAUUGAUAUUUGCAACCAUCAAGGUGCAACACCGCUUGUUCUUGCAAAACGAAGGGGUGUGAAUAAAGAUGUCAUUAGACUGCUGGAAUCUUUAGAGGAGCAAGAGGUGAAAGGAUUUAACAGAGGAGCUCACUCAAAGCUGGAAACAAUGCAAACUGCUGAAAGCGAAAGUGCGAUGGAAAGCCAUUCCCUCCUAAAUCCAAACCUACAGCAAGGUGAAGGAGUUCUUUCCAGUUUCCGCACGACAUGGCAAGAGUUUGUGGAAGACCUGGGCUUCUGGAGGGUGCUGCUCCUCAUCAUUGUCAUUGCUCUUCUGUCGCUUGGAAUAGCAUACUAUGUUAGUGGGGUGCUUCCUUUUGUAGAAAACCAGCCUGAACUGGUGCACUGAAGCAAAUGCAAAGUAGUGCAUUGUGCUUUUCCCUGUUUUCAUCUUAUUUUGAGCUUCUUGGAAUUCUUUUGGUGCAGGCAGUGGCAGCUAUAUAUACUGUUUGCCUUUUGUACUUAUUAACCCCUUUGAAAGAGGGAUUAAUUCAUUUCAAGUAAAACACUAAAUUCUAAAGCAUUCAUCAGCUACCUCUGACUUAUCUUGACUUGUGAGCAAGAUGUGAAGAUAAUCCUCUCUGUUGAUAAAAUAUUAUGAUUAGAAAAGGCCUUUCAUAAUGAAUAUUAAAUUCCUGGCAUGAAAAAUAUAUCCUAGUAUAGACCAAUUUGAUUUAUUUUCCCUAUGAAGAGAGGUA